AUGCUUAGUUUCAAGCGUGCCCUUUCCACCGUGAGGGGCAACCAAUUCCGCCCUCUCAACAAUCCGGUGUAUCUGAUAAGAAGGCAUCUUCAUCAUGCACAUAAGGAUGGAGGCGGGGCAGAGGGGCCCUGCAGGAGUCCACAGCCAUGCGUCCUGCUCGAGUCAGAAAUUUUCUUGGAGUUCAAAGGCCACUUUUACAGGGGAAUGGACGUGCGGGACCUGUGCAGGUGGUCUACAUUCGAUGAAGUUAUUUUUCUGUUCCUACGUAAGCGAUUGCCAAACGGAAGUGAAUUAAAGCGAAUAAGUCGCUAUGUUCAGAAUGAAUUACACCGGUUUUGCGAAAGGAAUGUCCUACAAAUGGGAAGACUGCUUCAGACUUCGGCCCCCUUGGAGCUGAUACGGUUAGCCCUACUACAGCUUUCUCAUCAAGCCGGUGCAGAAGCAGAAUCGGAAGCAGCGACAGAAACAGGAACUAGGGAUGAUCCCCUUUUUAAUUACCUCAAAAUAUUGGCUGCAUCUGUGAAGUUACUCCUUCAGUGGGGUCAUUCCCAGUUGGUUUCUCCACCCAUGCAGGACUACACAGAUUUGACUUCCCUCCUCAUUGAUGCGUACCCCAUGGGAGGAGCAGAUGUGGACUUCCGAGGAAGAAAUAAACAACAGGAUGGUGCGGCAGAUCUGAACGAUUCACGCCAGAGGAAUGAACCCAAGAGGGAGACGAUAACUCCCCAUCUGUGGAGAGAAGAGAAAAUCAAACUGCUAAAUGCCUUCCUCGUAUGCAUGUGCGAACAGGGGAUGAAUGAGAAUACAUUCUUCAUCCGCAUGCUUAGUAGUGUACAGCGCCACAAUUAUUUCAGCUUGUGUGUCUCGGCUAGUACAUUCUACAUCGAUGCAUUCAGGAAUGUUGAUCUGUGUCAUUCGUUAGAUGGCUUCCUCAGGUUUGUGGUCCCCUCGGUAGGGGGCGCGAAACGGGGUGAUCAGGACCAAUUUGGUAAACAGGGCGAACCUGAAGGCCGACAACUUCGCCAGGGGAACCACCUGAAAGAUGCCAUCGCCGUCCCCCCGAACGUCGAUUUGUUUUUCCAGAAGGGAAACUGCUACAGAGAAAAAAAUGCAAUCCUUAAAGCGUACCUGACUGAGUACUGCAAUAACACAUGUGACAAGAAUCUCCAAUGUAUACAACAUUUCGAGAAAGUGGAACAAUUCUUUUUAAAGAAUCAAAAAAAGCACCCCUCCUGCUACUACUACCCCUUGUUGAUAUUUCACCUUUUAAGUUUACCUCUUCCUUUGCUGCCGUCUGUGUUUUUCAUAAUGAGACUACUCUCCUUCACGGCUCACCGGCAGGAACAAAUUGGCAACAACAAGGUGGUGAAGUAUGCGGGGGUUUACGUGGGAGUCCCACCCAGAGGGAAUCACAUGGAGAGGUAG